GCUUCGCCUGCUGCCGCGGACCGACGGACAGGCGGGCGGGCGGACGGCGGCGGCGACCGCGGGACGGGGAGAGGCGCGCGGGGCCCGGGAACCGCAGGCCCGCAGCCUCCCGCCGCAGCGCCAUGGACGGCCCCGACAACGCGACGCUGCUCUUCGGCCCGUCCUCGCUGCAGCCGGACAACUACACGCUGUCGCCCGAUGCCAGCAGCCUGCGCCCCGGCUCGGACCUGCCCGUCGCCCCCACCUCCAGCGCCGGCCCCAGCCCGGGGCUCAGUCUCGCGCCCAGUCCGGGCGUCGGUUUCAGCCCCGGCCCCGCGCCCACCCCGGAGCCGACGGCCGGCGGCCCGGCGGGCGGCCCGGCCAGCCUGGGCCCGUCCCUGUUUCCCCACCCCUGGGCGCACCCCCAGACCCCGUUCUGGGACACGCCGCUGAACCACGGGCUAAACGUGUUCGUGGGCGCCGCCCUGUGCAUCACCAUGCUCGGCCUGGGCUGCACGGUGGACGUGAACCACUUCGGGGAGCACGUCCGCCGGCCCGUGGGCGCGCUGCUGGCCGCGCUCUGCCAGUUCGGCUUGCUGCCGCUGCUGGCCUUCCUGCUGGCCCUGGCCUUCUCGCUGAACGAGGUGGCCGCCGUGGCCGUGCUCCUGUGCGGCUGCUGUCCCGGCGGGAAUCUCUCCAACCUCAUGUCCCUGCUGGUGGACGGCGACAUGAACCUCAGCAUCAUCAUGACCAUCUCCUCCACGCUUCUGGCCCUAGUCUUGAUGCCCCUGUGCCUGUGGAUCUACAGCCGGGCUUGGAUCAACACCCCCCUGGUGCAGUUACUACCGCUGGGGGCAGUGACCCUAACUCUAUGCGGCACCCUCAUCCCUAUUGGCCUGGGGGUGUUCAUUCGGUACAAAUACAACCGGGUGGCGGACUACAUCGUGAAGGUUUCCCUGUGGUCUCUGCUAGUGACGCUGGUGGUCCUUUUCAUAAUGACUGGCACUAUGUUAGGACCUGAACUGCUGGCGAGUAUCCCCGCAAGUGUUUACAUGAUAGCAAUUUUUAUGCCUUUGGCAGGCUAUGCCUCAGGCUAUGGCUUAGCUACUCUCUUCCAUCUUCCACCCAACUGCAGGAGGACUGUAUGCCUGGAAACGGGGAGUCAGAAUGUGCAGCUCUGUACUGCUAUUCUGAAACUGGCCUUCCCACCACGAUUCAUAGGAAGUAUGUACAUGUUUCCCUUGCUUUAUGCCCUUUUCCAGUCUGCAGAAGCAGGGAUUUUGGUUUUAAUAUAUAAAGUGUAUGGAAGUGAAAUAUUGCACAAGCGGGAUCCUCUAGAUGAAGAUGAAGAUACAGAUAUUUCUUACAAGAAACUGAAAGAAGAGGAAAUGGCAGACACUUCCUAUGGCACAGUGAAAGCUGAUAAUUUAAUUAUGAUGGAAACCACUCAGACUUCUCUCUGAACGUGGAGAUACAGAGGAGCGUCUAUCUUACUGAAAUAUUACUUCAUAGUUAUGGUCUGUGGUAGUGAAUAUGGUUUACAUAAAGGAUAACAAGUGGUUCCCAUUAUCAUACGUGUCACAAUUAGGAUCUUCCCAUUGUAAGGUUGCAUUGGCACAUUAACCACGUGUUUUCACAAAUUACAAAUCAAUGUCAUAAUAUAACUUGCACCUGGGACUGCUAAAGUAAAGCCUGAACAUGUUCAACGUGCUCUUUAGUUUUUAUCAGUACCAAUUUCUAUGACUCUUUCGAAUAUGUAAGCUCUUAGAAAACAGGGUCUUGGAAAUGUAGAAUUUUGGUGCAUUAUCUUAUAUGAGUAAAAACAAGCUAUUUUUUUUGUAAAGCAUAAUUUGUAAAGCAAUUUGUAAAGCAUAAUUGAGUUUAAUGUAAUUGUAAAAAAAAAAAAAGUGCUUGCUCAAUUUAUGAAUAUCUGACAGUGUUGAAUUUUGACCUGUAUU